AUGCCCAUAACUGCUCGCCAACCAGAAUAUUAUAACGCCCUUGGCCUCACUAUUGACGCUACAGACGAAGAUAUCAGAACUGCAUACAAGAAACUGGCCCUUCAGUGGCACCCCGACCGUCAUAAGAUCGGGAAAGAACACGCAGCGCAGGUGUUUGUUGAAGUAAACACUGCCUACCAUUCCUUGAUCAAUGGCACAGAAGGCAUGGAUCCUUCCUGUGGAGACAGUGUCUCACCAUUAUCUACGCCCACUGAGAGCACAGCCAAAAGCUCUUCCGCGGAGACACGAGCACAAGCCAAUGCACAGUCAUCGCGUCAUACAAAGUCGUCGGGCUCACAGAAGAGUGCGCAGACGCCCGAUUCGUUCUCCGCUUUCGUUCCCGGCUCUGACGCUGAAAAACAUUCUCAGCCUUGUUCACACGACCAUCAUUCCGAUCUAAAGCAUCAUCCUCAUAAGCCUUGUAGCACAGGUAGCAAUGGCUCUCGUUCCCGCUCCCGAACAAAAUCAUACGAUAACUUACGUGAUGCACCAUCUGCGCCUGGUCAAGCGCCGUCUUUUACCACGAGCGCUAGUCGUUCUCAUAGCAGUCGCACGAACAUUCCUCACUCCAAGUCACAUGACAAUUUGCGUGAUCCUUUACUCAAGUCGCACGAGCCGCAAUUAGGACAAGUGCCUGCUCCCAUCUCACACGAUCUGAAGUCGGAGACUUCGAACCGGUCUAAAAACAACCAGACGGCUGGAUCUACCUCUACACAUUCCAAAGGUCGCACACGCGCUCCGAAUGGUGCAAAGUCAUUGCGAAGUCAAACUGGUAAUUUCUCGCAGCCUGUGAUUCCACCGACAUCAUCCAAGUUACAUAAACUAUCUCGGCGUGGACUGGGAGAGGAGCUGCUCCAAAAGCUUUCCAAGGGGUCAUCUAAGUACAAAAAAGAAGAGGGUUCAACUUACUCAGACAACGCUCCCACGUAUGGCUCCCCGUUACGACCCCUUGGUGCGCCUCGAGGCACAUCCAAAGAGUGGUUGUUUCCUCUUCCGCUGACCCUUCACGAAAUGUAUCAUGGGACGGCUUUCCAAUUUCUCAUCACACGGGAGCUAUUAUCCCGCAAGACAGAACAAGUCGAGAUCCAUGUCGAUGUACCUCCAGGUAUCCGAAGCGGAACUAGGAUCGUCUGUCCCCGUACAGGUCACCAGCGGAAGGAUGGGUCUCUUCAGGACGUAAUAUUCUUGGUUGAAGAAGUGCCUCAUGCGGGUUUCACUAGGGUGAAAGACGAUUUGUUCGUGGACAUUUGCGUGCCAUGGGUGGAGACCCUUGCCGAGCUUGGGGCCGAUAUCAGUAUAGAUGGCAUGGAUGGGGAAGAGAUUGUCUUCGCACUGCCAUAUCCAAUCUACGACAAGUCUACGGAAGGGCAAUUGCUAGUCAAAGGAGCGGGCAUGCCAAUUCGGGAUGGUCGAAAGACAGUGGGUCGCGGUGAUUUGAUUGUCAGAUGGCAGGUGGUUUUCUCGCACCCUAGCAAAUGGAAGAACCUCAAGAAAGCCCUGCGCAUCAAGGUAUAA